AUGACUGAACGCAAGGCUGUCAUCAAGAAUGCCGAUAUGAGCGAGGAGAUGCAACAGGAUGCUGUCGCUGUGGCCGGUCAGGCUCUGGAGAAGUUCAACAUCGAGAAGGAUAUUGCCGCCUACAUUAAAAAGGAGUUUGAUAAGAAACACUCCCCUACCUGGCACUGCAUCGUGGGACGAAACUUUGGGAGCUACGUGACCCACGAAACGCAACAUUUCAUCUACUUCUACCUGGGGCAAGUGGCAAUUCUUCUCUUCAAGUCGGGCUAG